AUGGGCCAAAAUUUAUCUGUAAAGAAACGUUACCCUAUCCGAAAACACAAGAAAUCCUCUUCCGAUGCUUCCAACAGUUCAGACGGUUCCGCCUCUUCUGCAUCCUUAGAUCCAUCCUCGCAUCGAUCUUCCGGUAGUAACUUUCAGUACAUAGAGGGUAGGCGCUAUCAUAUUGCAGAGCAAACACGCUACGCAUUGCCCGACGAUGACGAGGAAGUAUAUAGAUUACAAGUGGUACACUAUCUAUUAAGAUAUAUUUGGAGUUCGAAUUUUUCUGCUCCCGUUGAGGACAUGCUCCGGGAUGGUGGGCAUGUGUUGGAUGUUGGUUGUGGCCCAGGCACAUGGACUCUCGAACUCGCCAGCGAGUACCAACAAUCUACCUUUGUCGGUGUAGAUAUUUCCCCAAUGUUUCCAUCAGAAAUCAAACCAAAGAACGUAUCGUUUCUUCAACUCAACGCAACAAAUGGACUGCCGUUUCCUGAUGAUACGUUUGAUUACGUUUUCGUCCGUUGGUUAACUACCGCAUUUACUGAAGAACAGUGGAAAAGUGCGAUUCUACCAGAAUUGGUUAGGGUUUGCAAGCCUGGUGGAUGGAUCGAGUUGGGUGAACCAGAUAUGAGGUUAGUCAAUUUGGGCACGAACGGCAGCAGAUGGAAUGCGGCGCUCGCGACUUACCUAAACAAAAAUCAAAUAAAUCCUUCAACUUGCUAUACACUUCCCGAUCUCGUAAGCUCGUUCAACUCACUCUCGCAGCUCUCCACUGACUCACGAGAUAUAAAACUUGGCUCAUGGGGUGGCAAAGAGGGUGCUUUAGCUGCACAAGAUUGUUCGGAUUUCAUGAAAGCAAUCGGACCGAGAUUGUAUGAAUUACUAGAAAUGGAUGGAGAAGAGUAUGCAAGAUUUGUAGAGAUGGCUAUGCAAGAAUUUGAGACAGGAGGCAGGAGUUUCAUGAGAUACUUCAGAAUUUGGGCCAGAAAGGAUCAUGGAAUGAAUGGAUUAAGGGGUGAAAUGAAGAAAAAGAAUAAGGAUAAAAAAUUGAUGAAAGAAAGAGUGGACGUGAAAGAAAGAGUGGAUGUGAAAACAAUUAAUGAGAUGAGCAAUGCUGUAGGGAUGUAG